UGUGGUUUUCAUUGAAAACUGCGCCCCUACCCUGCGGUUUUUAUGUAAACCGCUAGGUCGGUUGGCAGUUUUUGGGAAAGGGUGUUAUUUUUGGAAUUUUUUUUAAACAGUGCUAUUUGUGGAAUAAAUCCCACCACUUGAGUUGUUGACUUUUUUGUCUGCAAAUAUUCGUGCAAUUCUUUCCUUCAAUAUUCGUCAUUAUUUUCAUGAAUGAAAAUGAAUAUCUUCCAAUAAAAGUAUUUAAAACUAAUAUUUUUGCCAGUAGAUAUCUCAUAUAUUGAGAAACAGAAAGAUACAAAAAAAGUCAAACGGCUGGUAGUAGCCAAGCACGAGCAUUGAACUCUACCAAACUAGAGAACAAAGAAAGGAAUUCUUGACCACCAAAUGAGUCAUCCUAUUACAACAAUGACCAACAAAUCAACAAAGUAGUUGGAGAGUUACUGUCACUCCACAUAAAAAAAAGCGAUUUUUCAAGUGAGUUACUCAUUUUCUCUUUUUUCUUUGCAAAUUAGUCGUAGUUCUCGAACUCUCACUAGAUCCAAUAGAAGUAGAAUUAACUUGAUGUAGUCUUUCUCUCGUAAGUUGUAAAAGACAUUGAACAUCCUUGUUCAAAGCGGUAUGAACUAUGUUUAUUUAAUCAUUAUUAAGAAAAUCAAGGUACAAUCAUUGUUUAUUUGUCUUCAUCGGGUUGUUUCAUACUUCAUAGUGUCAUUGUUUUAAUUCCCCCUAUCUCUUCACCAUUUCUGUGGGGUUCUGUCUGGGAUGCUUAAUAGAGCUCUGCCCAUCAAGACCUCCUCUUCUCAUCCUUAGACUCAUAGGAUAGAACUAUCCCACUUAUGUUGUGCUGGCGAUUUACUGAUUUUUACCAAAGGCACUAGGGAAGCAGUGGUAGUGACUAAGAGAAUCCUAUAUAUAUACUCUGGGAUUUCUUAUUUGAAAUGCAAUCCCUCAAAAAGUGAGAUCUUCUGUGCGGGUAUUGAUACUAGCACACAGAGGCUUCUCACUGAAGAUACUGGUUUUCAGAUUGGUCACCUCCCUGUGAGAUAUCUGCGGACCCCAUUGGUAGCAGGUAAACUCAAUACUAUGGACUAUAAAGCUUUAAUAGAUAAGAUAACAACAAGGAUUAGAGAUAGGGGUGUUAAGAUAUUAACCUAUGCUGGAAAGUUACAAUUAGUCAACUCGGUCAUAGCAAGCAUAACCAAUUAUUCGAUGAAUAUUAUACAACUUCCAGUGAAAGUAAUAAAACAGAUUGAAAAGGCUUGCUCGGAUUUCUUCUCGGAUUCUGAGGAUGAAGGGAAGAGAGCCAAAGUGAAGUGGGAAAAGGUUGCUCUGCCACAAGCUGAGGGAAGUUUAGGAUUCAAAGAUCUGAGGAUCUGGAAUAUAGCCUGUUUAAUUAGACAUUUGUGGGCAAUUCUCUCGAAUUAUUCAUCACUGUGGGCAAACUGGGUGAGGCACUAUCAACUUACCUAUACAAACAUCUGGGGCAUUCCAUCUACCAUUAACUAUUCCUGGGGUUGGCGUAAAGUGUUAAUAACCAGAGGCACAACAGAAGCUCAUCUCCAAGUUAGAUUUGCAGCUAUUCUAGGAAGAUACUUCAGAUAGUUCCAUGUUUUCAUUCCUUGAUUGGAGGGACUGGAACGAAACACCACUGAAAGCUACAAAUCUGUACACUGCGGCAAAUGCGAGUGCUAGCUCUGGAAGAUUGAUAUUGACGAUGGUGGUCAGUGAAUUGUGGAUAGAAAGGUGUCGAUGCCUUUAUGCUGGACAACUACUCAUAGAGGAGCAGAUUGUCAAGAGGGUACGGGGUCUCCUAGGGCUACUUAAAUGUAGUUUCCCAUCUGUUGCCUAUGUUAUUUCAGACCGUUUAUUAGCUAUUAUUAUUCUUUAGCCUUGUUAUAGCUUGGUGUGGGUUGGGUUUUUGCUCUAGUUUCAGUUGGAGUUGCGCAUUGUCUCUCUCCCUCUUACUUGAUGAAUAAAAUGGCUUAUUCAUAAAAAAAAAUUCCUUGAUGUGCUAUCUAUUGGAGAUCAACAAACUCCGCCUACCACUCUCCCUCAAACCCCUGGUCUUUUGUAGCUUGUUAGCCGCUCCAACCACUACUCCACCUCAUCCUUACUUUUCUCAUUCUUUGUUUAUUCUGUUAAGAGUUUCCCAUUGUAAUCUGUAUAAAAGGGAACCUACUGUUCUAAUGCAAAGCACGAUUCCUUUCACGCCUUUGUAUUAUCCUUUAUGGUAUCUGAAGCCUUCGCAAACCCUCUGAUGAGGUCUUGAGCUUCUAUCUUAAUUUUCGCCCCUUUUCUUCGUUUACCUUCAAUAAUCAUCAUGCCAUCCAGCACCACCUAUGAUCAGCCUUCUAGAGCCUCCAAUAACAAUUCUCUUCCUCCUCUUUUCUCUUUCAAUGUUGGGUCCCAGCUCACGGUUCGUCUCCUCAGCACGAACUACUCCUCUUGGAAAUCUCAAUUCACCUCCCUCCUCUUCGGCUAUUAUUUGAUGCCACACAUUGACAGCACUGGUGUUCCACCUUCUGAUUGAACGUCUGCUGCUUACUCUCGUUGGGUUCGUCAGGAUCACUUCAUCUUCCACUCCCUCCUCGUCUCUGUCAGUGAGUCCAUUAUGCCUCACAUUGAUGCUGCCACUUCAGCCUGUGACGCUUGGGCCACCCUUGAGAGGAUGUUCAUUCCUCGCUCUCAAUCUUUGAUUCUUGGCCUGAAAGAUAAGCCGUCGACCUUCACCCGAGGCAUCCUCUCCCUUCGUGCAUACCUCUGCGACAUUAAGCUUCUCACCGGUGAACUUGCUCUUGUCGGUGCCCUUGUCGAUGACUUAGAUCUUGUUCCCCACACUCUCAACGGUCUCAGUACCGAGUUCAAAGAGAUUGAUGUUGUUGUUCGUGCUCGUGACACUCCCCCAUCCUUCGAGGAGCUGUUCGAUAAGCUUCUCAGCCAUGAUGAGUUCCUCCAACGCCAAGCUGCUCAAUCUUCGUCUCCUCUUGUCAAUGCAACGACCAGGCAAGGGAGAUCUCCCUAGGUUUUGCACUCUCACCCCAGUAGUCUGCGUAUUCUGAAUGGUCCUAGUCCUCUUCUCCCAUCCGACCCACCAAAGUCUACCUCUCAUCCUUCCGUGUCAGCCACACAGCCCGCACCUGCUUCAAGAUCCACCAGGAACUUUGGUUUACAUAUCCCCAUGCUCAUGCUGCCACAAGUCAUGGUGCAUCGUCCUCUGCACCUCCCUCCUGGCUUCUCGAUUCUGCUACUUCCCACCAUGUCACCGACAAUCUCGGCAACUUGGCGCUCUCGGACAAGUAUGAUGGUCCCGACACCAUUGCUAUCGGCGACGACUCAGGUUUGCCUAUCUCUCACACUGUUUCCCAUUCCCUCUCCUCUCCCACCCAUACCUUUUCCUUCGUAACGUUCUUUGCUCCCCACCCAUUUCCCAAAACUUAAUCUCCGUGUCCCAAUUUUGUGCCACUAAUCACACUUCCAUUGAAUUCUUUCCCACUUCAUUUGUUGUCAAAUCACAACCCUCGGGGACACCUCUACUUCGGGAACGCGCUAGGCAUGGUGUGAAUGAGUUUCCUCCUCUUGCUCUCAAUAAAAUGAAACAGCGUGUUCUAGUGGGUGUCAAGACUUUCGAAGACGGUUGGCAUCGUCGUCUUGGUCAUCAGGCUCCACACAUUCUUCGACGGGCUCUUGCUUAUAAUUCUCUCCCAUUUGUUUCGUCUUUUUUUUUUCAACUUGUCAUGCUUGCCAGUGCAGCAAAAGUCACCGCCUACCUUUUUUUAUUCUUUACAAAGUUCACGUCCUCUUGAACUCAUUUAUUCUAAUGUAUGAUGCCCCGCCCUAGUCUUAGCUAUUGAUGGUUUCCCAUACUAUGUGAUCUUUGUCAACCAUUUUACUCGUUAGAUUUGGUUCUUUCCUAUAAAGUGCAAGUCUGAUG